AUGGGAGAAUUUAUUGAAGAAGGUAUUAAAACUGGGAGAAUCACUAAUUUGGCAGCCCUGCAAGCAACAAGUAAUGUCAUUCACUCGGAUUCAAUCGGAGGAGCCCUUAAGAAGAAGAAGGACGGUGUGUUUGCUGUCAUGACCAUCCAGGAACGUAGGCCAAACCAAAUGUUAACCUACCAAAACCCAUUACCCCAACCUUCAUACUAUAGUCAGUAUACCCAAAUUCCUCAACCCUAUUAUCAACCUUCACCUGCCCCUUACCCAGUUUACACCACCCAACCAACAUAUUGUCCACCUAGAGCACCUGCUUAUUCAAAUCCAUCACGAUACCAACCCACAUAUCCAUCCCAAUCCCACUAUCAACCACAAAGCCAUCCAUCAAAUGCACCUAGACCCUGCCCAAAAUUUGAAAAAAGACCGGCCAAAACUUAUACACCUUUAGCCGAACCUUUAGCCCAACUAUAUGAACGAUUGAGAACUGCAGGAGUACUCCAACAAAUCCAAGAACGAAUUCCCAAUCCCCUCCCUGGAUGGUAUGACGAGACCAAGCACUGUGCAUAUCACUCCGGAGCUGCUGGACAUGACACUGAAAGUUGCCUCACUCUCAAAGACAUGAUUGAGGCAUUGAUCAAAGAAGGAAUCAUUCAACUCAAAGGCGUUGCCCCCAAUGUAAACAACAACCCGCUGCCAAAUCAUAGCAAUGUUAAUAUGAUCACCGUUGAUGAAGAUUGCAACUUAGAAGGGACUAUAGUACCAGUCAAGAUAGAGAAGAAUGUCGAGACAUCGGCUUUUAUUUCUCCUGUAAUCACAGUCCAAGCACGAGCACCAAUUGAAGUGGAAGUUUUUCUUCCCAAGUCUAGGAUUAUGGCCCUUGUCGCUCAAUCAUCCCCUUUUGACACUAAAGCAGUUCCUUGGGAUUACUCAACUGAUGCAAAGGACAAUGGAAAAGGAAAGAUAGUUGUAGAAGCCGCUGUUGCAGGAAUGACAAGAUCCGGGCGUUGUUAUACCCCUGAAGAAGUUGUACGAGAAGGACCAAACAAGGAAAACAACCAAAAAAGGGUUGUGACAGAGGCUAAAGUGGAAAAUUUCUGGAGGAAGAUGCCAACUAAGGAAUAUUCAGUUGUUGAACAACUGAAGAAAACUCCUGCUCAAAUUUCCUUAAUGGCCUUAUUGAUGAAUUCUGUAACUCAUAGGAACGCUUUGGUGAAGGUUUUAAAUGAAGCUUAUGUUCCAGUUGAGACCACUAGUGAGAACUUUUCCGCCAUGGUAGGACAAGUUUUGGAGGCUAACAAAGUUACCUUUCAUGAAGAUGAGUUGUUUCCUAAAGGUUUGGGACAUAACAAAGCGUUGAACAUUACUGUCAAAUGUAGGGAUAAGUUUAUUUCAAGAGUUCUGAUUGAUAAUGGUUCAACUGUUAACAUAUGCCCUUUCACUACUCUUCGAGCUUUGGGAAUCAACAUUGGAAAGAUUCGUGAAAGUCAUGUAAGGGUUAGAGGCUUUGACGGGACACAAAGAGGAGUCAUUGGAGAAAUUAAUUUGCCAUUGUAA